CGACAACGGCGUCAAGGCUUCCAAGUUACCAGAAUUGAGUGUGAUGGUACCGUGCCACACUCCAAUUGCCUUAUCCAUCAUCCGACAGCCGGCCGUGGCUCGUCUUAGCGGCCUCCGCACUUCUUGGUUAUCAUCUACACCGUAGAUAAUAAUAAAUUAGCACCACCUGUCUUCACCUGCUCUCCCCUCCCCUCUUCGCCAUUGUCGAGGAGGCCAUUGUCGCACGCCGUUUUGCUGCUGCCUUCAGGCACUUCUCCUUUCUUCCAUUUCCUUUCCCUUCCUUUCUCUUCUCCUUAUCCUCUUCAUCCGUCGAGUCCCUCUUCUUCCCCGUGACAACGACCCGUCCCUGUCCCUCGUCCGUGUCCGAACCGAACAGACUCGUUCGACCAUGGCUCAACUCGACACCCUCGAUCUGGUCGUGCUGGCCGUCCUCCUCGUUGGUACUGUUGCCUAUUUCACAAAGGGCACGUACUGGGGCGUUGUCGAAGAGCGCUUCCCCACCCUAUACUCUAAUACAAAUGGUUCCACGGCGGCAGGCGGCAAAUCCAGGGACAUCCUGGAGAAGAUGGAUGAGACUGGCAAGAACUGCGUGAUUUUCUACGGCUCCCAGACCGGAACUGCCGAGGACUACGCCUCGAGGCUGGCCAAGGAAGGCUCGCAGCGUUUUGGGCUUAAAACCAUGGUUGCCGAUCUCGAGGAAUACGACUAUGAGAACCUGGACAAGUUCCCCGACGACAAAGUGGCCUUUUUCGUCCUGGCCACAUACGGAGAGGGCGAACCUACCGACAAUGCGGUUGAGUUCCAUCAGUUCAUCACUGGCGAAGAUGUCACUUUCGAGGGCGGCGCAUCUGCCGACGAACAGCCGCUGUCCUCGCUGAAGUAUGUCACCUUUGGUCUGGGGAACAACACCUACGAGCACUACAACGCCAUGGUUCGGAUCAUCGACGAGUCUCUCACGAAACUCGGAGCCAAACGCAUUGGCCCGGCCGGCAUGGGUGAUGAUGGCGCUGGAACAAUGGAGGAGGAUUUCCUUGCCUGGAAGGAGGAGAUGUGGCCCGCCUUGGUCCAGGCCCUCGGAUUGGAAGAACGUGAAGCUACCUACGAGCCCAUAUUCAGCGUGACUGAAGACAGCGCACUGUCUCCGGAGGAUGAAGCCGUCUACCUGGGCGAGCCGACCAAAACCCACCUGGAAGGCAGUCCCAAGGGCCCUUAUUCUGCACACAACCCCUUUAUUGCCCGUAUCGCUGAGUCCCGCGAGCUGUUCACGGUUAAAGAUCGCAACUGUCUGCACCUCGAAGUUGAUCUUGCUGGAAGCAACCUCAGCUAUGAGACUGGUGAUCACGUUGCAGUUUGGCCUACCAACCCUGGUUUGGAAGUGGACCGCUUCCUGUGCGUCUUUGGCCUCGAAGAGAAACGGCACUCGGUUAUUCAGAUCAAGGGCAUAGAUGUCACGGCCAAGGUUCCCAUUCCUACCCCCACCACCUAUGAUGCUGCGGUUCGCUACUACCUGGAAAUAUGCGGCCCGGUUUCCCGUCAGUUCUUGUCUUCCUUAGCCCCGUUUGCUCCCGAUGAGACCGCCAAGGCUGAACUGGUCCGUCUCGGUAAUGACAAGGAUUAUUUCCAUGAAAAAGUAUCCGCGCAAUGCUUCAAUGUCGCACAGUUCCUGGAGACCCUCUCGUCAAAGCCAUUCUCUGCUGUUCCCUUCUCCUUUCUGAUCGAAGGCAUUCAUAAGCUUCAACCGCGUUACUACUCUAUCUCAUCGUCGUCUCUUGUGCAGAAGAACAAGGUCAGCAUUACCGCCGUCGUGGAAUCAGUCCGACUGCCGGGUGCAAGUCACGUUGUCAAGGGAGUUACCACAAAUUAUCUCCUCGCGCUCAAGCAGAAGCAGAAUGGCGACCCUGCCCCUGACCCUCAUGGCCUGACGUACUCCAUCACCGGCCCCCGUAACAAGUACGAUGGAAUCCAUGUACCUGUUCAUAUUCGCCACUCCAACUUCAAGCUGCCCUCUGAUCCAUCGAGACCAGUCAUCAUGGUCGGUCCCGGCACCGGUGCUGCCCCAUUCCGUGGCUUUAUUCAAGAACGUGCUGCUCUUGCUGCUCGCGGCGAGAAGGUCGGCCCCACAGUUCUAUUCUUCGGCUGCCGGAAGCGUGAGGAGGAUUUCAUCUACCAAGAUGAGUGGAAGGUUUUUGGCGAACAACUCGGCGAUUCAUUGAAAGUCAUCACGGCCUUUUCCCGGGAGACUGACCAGAAGGUAUACGUUCAGCACAGACUUCGUGAGCACGCGUCUCUUGUCAGCUAUUUGCUUUUGCAGAAGGCCAACUUCUAUGUCUGUGGAGAUGCGGCUCGCAUGGCCCGUGACGUGAACGCCGUUCUUGGGCAGAUACUUGCUGACCAGCGUGGCUUGCCCGCCGAGAAGGGCGAGGAGCUGGUGAAACAAAUGCGAAAUAACGGCACCUACCAGGAGGAUGUAUGGUCGUGAUAUUAAUAAUCCGUCCCCCUUUUUGAGGCUUCACCAUUUCGCUGUUUUAACGUUGGUCGCUUCAAAGACUGUUCAUUAGCGAUAUAUAUCAUUUCUAGAUGUCGUUGUGCGGAUGCUUGUUGCUCUAUUGGAUAUACAGAUGGGCAUGCAUGCUUAGUGGAAUAUACGCAUAGCAGGUGCUUUUGGCCAUGCGUCAUUCUGGUACUGAAUUCUGAUUUAUCUCUCCUUCCCACAUUCACGGGAUGGGACCGGUCGGUGGGAGGCUUAGGAGUCCAAUGCGUAUAUGUUUAUUAUUGUCUGAUAUUUCAGCUUGUAUAUUAUUUCUUUUACGAAUAAUAGAACUUCGCGUGUUGGU